GAAUUUUGAUAUAAGAGUUUGAUUACACAUUUCAAACAAAAAGAAGGAGAAAAAGCUUCAAAUUUGGCAAACAAGAGAAAAGCUUAUCAUCAUAACAUGGGAAGCGAUGGAAAUCAAAUACAUGCAAUGUUUUUUCCUUACAUGGCACCUGGUCACAUGAUGCCAAUGGUGGACAUGGCGAGGAUGUUUGCUGCUUUCGGCGCUAAGGUCACCAUUAUCAUCACAACCAUGAAUGCCCUUCGCAUAAAAAACGUCAUUGAUCGAGAUGUUAAAUUAGGUCGAGACAUUACACUUGAAAUCAUCUCAUUACCUUCCACUGAGGUUGGAUUGCCCGAAGGUUGCGAGAACGUGGUUUCAGCCCCAACCCCAGAAAUGUCCAUAAAGCUCUUCCAUGCCAUCGAAUUGCUUCAACCCAAAAUAAAAAAGCUGUUCAGUGAUCUCCACCCUGACUGCAUAGUCUCUGAUUCUCUUUGUCCGUGGACUCUGGAUAUUGCCAAUGAGCUUGGCAUUGCAAGGAUUGCCUUCAAUGGAAGCGGAUUCUUUAACCUUUGUCUCUUGGAGAAUAUUACACUUUAUGAGCCUCAUAAGAGCAUCGAGUCGGAGACUGAAACAUUCGUUGUUCCAGGACUGCCUCAUGAAGUGAAACUCACUAGAUCACAGUUGCCAGACAUUGUUAAAGCCAAAAAUAAAUUCUCUGAGUUAUUCGAUAAGUUAAGAGAAUCCCAGAGGAAGAGCUUUGGGGUGUUGAUGAACAGUUUUUAUGAGCUAGAGCCUGGUUAUGCAGAUCAUUGUAGGAAUGUUUUAGGAAUCAAAGCAUGGCAUAUUGGCCCCGUUUCUCUGGUCAAUAGAGACACUGUUGAUAAAGUUGAUAGAGGUGAAAAAACAUCAAUUUCGAAGCACGACUGCAUUAAUUGGCUUGAUUGCAAAAAACCCAGAUCUGUUCUUUACAUCUGCUUUGGAAGCUUAACUAGAUUCAACAAAAAACAAACAACGGAGAUUGCUUAUGCACUCGAAGCUUCGGGCCAUCCAUUCAUUUGGGUUGUUGGGAAAGUGUUAAAAACAAGCAACGGUGAGUUCGAAGAUGAAGAGCAAGAGCUAUGGUUGCCACAAGGAUUUGAGGACAAAAACGGGCAAGGUUUACUUAUUAGAGGGUGGGCACCUCAAGUGUUGAUACUCGAACAUGAAGCCAUUGGAGGCUUCUUAACACAUUGUGGGUGGAACUCGAUACUCGAAGGGAUUGUUGCAGGUGUACCCUUCAUCACAUGGCCGAUUUUCGCCGAGCAAUUCUACAAUGAAAAGCUGGUGACUCAAGUGCUGAAUUUGGGAGUAUCAAUUGGCAACGAGGUGUGGAAAGCAUGGGCAACGGAGGAUUCACUAGUGAUAAAAAGUGGGGAUGAUAUUCUCAUGACGAUUAAUGCAGUGAUGGGGGAUACUGAGGAGGCAAUUGAUAUGAACAAAAGAGCUAAAAAACUUGGGGAAUUAGCAAAGAAAGCUGUUGAAGAAGGCCAUUCAUCUUAUAAUGAUUUGAAACGUUUGAUUGAGGAUAUCAAAAUGCACAGAAUAUCAAAAAGUAAUGGAGUUAUCAAAAAUUCUGGCCAUGCUUGAAGAACUACCAAGUUUUCUAAUGCUCUUAUGGUAAAUAGUUGAUUUGAGUCUACAUAUUGAUUAUUCAUCCGCUAUACAUAUGUAAAAAAGAAGAAGAUUUGAGCUAUUUGUAUUUUAUAAAGAAAUAUGUGGUAAAUAGUUGAUUUGAGUC